UUCAUUUAACUAUCCCAAUGAUGGUGUGUGUGUGUGUAUUAAAGAGAGAGAGUAUGCGUUUGGAACAAUGUCAUAUAACUAGUAAAUUGUAAAGGCAGGAAUCAGACACAGGCACACGGCAGUCUGGUUGAAGAACCAUGCUCUAAAUCUGGACUCUAUGAGGGUGUUCACUAGAAUGUGAGCUUCCAGAAGAAAGGAAUUCUGUCUUAUUUAGUGCUCUCUCCUUAGUGCCUAUCAUAAUGUCUCUCACAUGUUUGGAAAAAAAAUGAAUCAAUUGUCCCUGGUUUCCACUGAAGAGUCUAAUGUCUUCCCAUGACCAGUCUGAAUGAAGUACCAAUAUGUGAGUGAAAUGCAAAGAGAUUUGUCUGAAGAUUGACAGAGUCAAUUGAGAAAGCAUGUGACCACACAAUAACGGCUAUGCUCAGCAUUUCUAAGUUCUUGUCAUUUCCCAUUUCACUCCAUUCCCAGAUACAGAAGAGCAUCAUGAGGUGGGAGAAUGAGAGCAGUGUGUCUGAAUUCCUCCUCCUGGGGCUCCCCAUCCAGCGGGAGCAGCAGGCCAUGUUCUUUGCCCUGUUCCUGAGCAUGUACCUCACCACGAUACUAGGGAACCUGCUCAUUAUCCUGCUUAUCAGACUGGACUCUCGCCUCCACACCCCCAUGUACUUCUUCCUCAGCCACUUGGCCCUCACUGACAUCUCCUUUUCAUCUGUCACUGUCCCGAAGAUGCUUAUGAAUAUGCAGACUCAACACCUAUUCAUCUCCUAUCCAGACUGUAUUUCACAGAUGUAUUUUUAUAUGCUUUUUGGUGGUGUUGAUAAUUUCCUUCUUGGAGAGAUGGCAUAUGACAGAUAUGCGGCCAUCUGUCAUCCUCUACAUUACACCUCCAUCAUGAAGAAAGAGUUCUGUGUCUUGUUGAUAGCUGGCUCCUGGAUACUCUCUUGCGGCAGUGCCCUCUUGCACACGCUUCUCCUGGCCCAGCUGUCCUUCUGUGCUGACAACACCAUCCCACACUUUUUCUGUAGUCUCUCCAUCCUACUCAAGCUUUCCUGCUCAAACACUUCUCUCAAUGAGCUGGUCAUAUUGACCACAGGGGCUGGGGUUAUCAUCCUCCCAUUGAGUGGCAUCCUGCUCUCUUAUGGCCGCAUUGUGGCCUCUAUCUUGAGGGUCCCUUCUACCAAAGGUAUCUGCAAAGCUUUGUCCACCUGUGGCUCCCACCUCUCUGUAGUGUCUCUAUUUUAUGGAACAAUCGUGGCACUGUACUUUUCCCCCUCAUCUAACAACUCCAAUGAGAAAGACAUGAUUUUCUCACUAAUGUAUACAGUAGUGACCCCCAUGUUGAAUCCCUUCAUCUAUAGCCUAAGGAACAGAGACAUGAAAUUGGCUCUGGGGAUACUUUUCAGAAAUGUUAUCCUUUUCUUCAAGUGAAAAUCACCUGAUGAUAUUCUUACUUCACCCACUGACCCUGUU